ACCACCGGCGCACAUGUUUUUCCGGCGGUAAUCAGAGAUUUCUUCACCUACGUGAGAAAAAACAUCUCUAUAUGGACGAGAUGUCUCUUUCACGAGCUCUGCGUAAACACAAAUGGCGAACAAACAUGAUCAUCAUAACCAAUCUUCAAGGAGAUUGAUACUUGUAUUGUAUUUCACCAGUGUUGUUGGGAUUGGAUUCGUUGCAGCUUUCCUUUUUCUGUCUUCUUCUUCUUCUUCUUCAAAUCUCUCCUUCACCGCCGUUUCUUCAAUCUUGGUUCCCGUUAACCGGCCGGAGAUUCAGAUUCCCAAGAGAAGCAAACAAACGAAUGAUACAAAAGAUCAUGUCCGAUUAUUAUCUGCAACAUUCGCCGAUAUACCGGCGCCGGAGUUACAUUGGGAGCAAAUGCAAUCUGCUCCAGUUCCACGUCUUGAUGGAUACUCUGUUCAAAUCCAAAACCUUUUGUAUGUUUUCUCUGGUUACGGCAGUCUAGACUACGUUCAUUCUCAUGUGGAUGUGUUCAAUUUCACAGACAAUAAGUGGUGCGCCAGAUUCGACACUCCUAAAGAGAUGGCGAAUUCGCACCUCGGGAUUGUCACGGAUGGACGGUAUGUGUAUGUAGUUUCAGGGCAGCUUGGUCCUCAGUGCAGAGGACCUACUUCUCGUUCUUUUGUCUUAGACUCAGUUACAAAGACUUGGCUUGAGUUCCCUUCACUACCAGCUCCAAGGUAUGCCCCUGCAACUCAGAUAUGGAGAGGGAGGCUUCAUGUGAUCGGUGGAAGCAAAGAGAAUCGCAAUGCUGUUGCUUUUGACCAUUGGAGCAUAGCUGUAAAAGAUGGAAAAGCCCUUGGCGAAUGGCGGGAAGAGGUUCCAAUCCCUCGAGGUGGACCGCACAGGGCUUGUGUAGUUGCUAACGAUAAACUGCUUGUCAUCGGUGGCCAAGAAGGUGACUUCAUGGCCAAACCUAACUCAACCAUCUUCAAGUGCUCACGUAGACGCGAGAUCUUUAAUGGUGAGGUGUACAUGAUGGACGAGGAAACGAAGUGGAAAAUGAUGCCACCAAUGCCAAAGAACAAUUCCCACAUUGAAUCUGCAUGGAUCAUUGUCAAUAACUCAAUCGUUAUCGUUGGUGGUACCACAGAUUGGCAUCCAGUGACGAAAAGGCUUGUUCUUGUUGGAGAGAUUUUCCGGUUCCAGUUAGAUACUUUGACUUGGUCUGUGAUUGGACGGUUACCAUUCCGUGUCAAAACAGCCAUGGCCGGAUUCUGGAACGGUUAUCUGUACUUCACAUCAGGGCAGCGAGAUAGAGGACCGGAUAAUCCACAGCCUGGAAAAGUUAUUGGAGAAAUGUGGAGAACCAAGUUGAAGUUUUAAUUGACUCUACUUUUUUUUUUAAUAGAAGAAUCAUUGUUUUUUAGACAGAAGACAAACGUGUCCUAGUCUACUGACAACUAAAUUAUGAUUGAUAACUGUAAAAACUGUUCAGAAUAUUAUACAAGUACCAUCAAUGUCAAAGCUGGGAAAGACAAACUAAAUUAGAUUUACUUGUGUUGUGUAA